GGCCUGCGGGGGGCGGGGGGCGGGGCCCGAGGCGGGGCUUGGGCCCCCUCCCCCCAGGUCUGGGUCAGCGCCCCUUCCCCUCCCCCCGGGCCGACGCGGAAACGCCCGGCUUCCCCCGGCUUCCCGGCCCGGCCCGGGCCCCCAGCUCUCCCCCUGUCUGGGUCCCCCCUGGGCGGGGCAGGGCCGGCCGGGGAGGGGGCGCGGGGCCUUUGUUAGGGAGCCAGGCCCCAGCCCCCGGGACAAUAGAGACACCCUCCCGGACUCCUCUCCCCGGCCGGCUGGGGCUGUCGGCGGGCGGGGAAGGAGAGGGGCCGGGACGCGUCCCACUCUGCCCACUCUCUAGGGGUCGGUCUGUCCCGGACCGGCGCCGGCCUCGGGCGGCUCGGCUCUCCUCCCCCCAGUCGGUAUGAUGCAGCAGCAGUGCCGCAGGGACGGGGGAAGAGCCGAGGCCCGGCCUCCUACCCUCCCCAGUGCCCCUGGCUCAUUUGUCAGUCCCCACCCCACUCUAGGUCGGCAGCUCCUUAAACUCGUACCCACCGUUCAGAGGGGCCCCGGACUGUGGGCGCUGUUUCUGAAUCCUUUGGUGGGGAUUGCUGGACUUUGGGGCUCUUGGAGAGACUUCCGGGCUGGUCCUGAGGGAGGGAGGGUGGUUAUCUAAAAGGAGAACAGGUAAGGGGAGUGCCCACUCCCGGCAUGCCAUCCCAACCGGGCUCUAUCCCCUCUUCUUGCUCAUGGUGGCUAGAAAUGCUCCUUUAGCUCUAGGUUUCUGUGGGCUCUGCUCCCCUUCUGUAGUCACAGGCUUAUUUCAGGGGAAGACAGAGUGGGGUGAAGGUUGUAGGGUUCUAGGGCCAUUCCUACUUCUGGUAGCAGUACCCCCCCAAGUGGACAUCCUGGCUGAAAGCAGAGCCGUGUUGCCGCCCGCUGUGCUAUGAGCAGUCAGAGCGCCGUCUCCACAAGAGUUUACAAAUGAAAAUGGAGGAAAUGUCUUUGUCUGGCCUGGAUAACAGCAAACUAGAGGCCAUAGCUCAGGAGAUAUACGCGGACCUGGUCGAGGAUUCUUGUUUGGGAUUCUGCUUCGAGGUACACCGGGCUGUCAAGUGUGGCUACUUCUUCCUGGACGACACGGACCCUGAUAGCAUGAAGGAUUUUGAGAUCGUGGACCAGCCGGGGUUGGACAUCUUUGGACAGGUUUUCAACCAGUGGAAGAGCAAGGAGUGUGUCUGCCCCAAUUGCAGCCGCAGUAUUGCUGCCUCCCGCUUCGCUCCCCACCUGGAGAAGUGCCUGGGAAUGGGCCGGAACAGCAGCCGCAUCGCCAACCGCCGGAUUGCCAAUAGCAACAAUAUGAACAAGUCCGAGAGUGACCAAGAGGAUAACGAUGACAUCAAUGAUAACGACUGGUCCUAUGGCUCAGAGAAGAAAGCCAAGAAGAGAAAAUCAGACAAGCUGUGGUAUCUCCCAUUCCAGAACCCCAAUUCCCCUCGAAGAUCCAAGUCUUUAAAACACAAAAAUGGGUUCUCUGUCUGUACCUCUGCAUCAAACACCCUUCCCCUUCUUUUUUCUUCUUCAGGGGAACUUAGCAAUUCGGAUCCUUUUAAGUAUAACAACUCAACUGGGAUCAGCUACGAGACUCUGGGGCCGGACGAGCUGCGUAACCUGCUCACCACGCAAUGUGGGGUGAUUUCUGAACACACCAAGAAGAUGUGCACAAGGUCCCUGCGCUGCCCCCAGCACACAGAUGAGCAGCGGCGAGCCGUGCGGAUUUAUUUCCUCGGACCCUCAGUCGUCCUUCCAGAGGUCGAGAGUUCCCUGGAUAAUGACAGCUUUGACAUGACUGACAGCCAGGCCCUGAUCAGCCGGCUUCAGUGGGACGGCUCCUCUGAUCUCUCACCCUCUGAUUCAGGCUCCUCCAAGACGAGUGAGAAUCAGGGAUGGGGUCUAGGUACCAACAGCUCUGAGUCACGGAAAACCAAGAAAAAGAAAUCCCAUCUGAGCCUGGUAGGGACUGCCUCCAGCCUAGGCUCCAACAAGAAGAAGAAGCCAAAGCCACCGGCACCCCCGACGCCCAGCAUCUACGAUGACAUCAACUGACUUGGGUGCAGGGAUAGCCUUUGGCUGAGCAGAGCCCUCUCUCCCAACCCCCACCCAGGUGGCAAAGCCUGGCAAAUGGACGGCUGCUGGGGGUUUGGGCUUGGGAAGCUUGGUGGGCCAGGCAGGCAGAGGAUCCAAUUAUGCACCCCUGGGGGGUGUCAGGGUCCUCUGCAAUGGAGCACGACCCCUUGGCAUGCAGGACUCAGACCUGGACAUAUUAUGCCUUGGACAUAAGUUUGGUGGGGAGGCGGUUUUCCUAUUUAUUCUGUGAGUUACUGGAUGUCCAGCUAGGCCAGGGGCCUGACCUGGGCACUGUGCCAGGGCACUGCCUGCCCCCCACCCCAGGAACUGGACUAAGCCCUGCCGAGAAGCAUCGUGGCUACCCGGGAGGCUGUGGGUUGGAAGCUGAGCCUGGAGGGGGCCUCCCCCAGCUGCCCUCAGCAAUGUGAAUGGGUCCGGUGCUUGGAGCUGAGGGGCAGGGCUGGGCGUGUCCUGUCUGUGUGCAGAAUCCUAUCAAAUGCCCCCAAUCCCAGGGGUAGGCAGGCACAGCAAGCUGUCUGCUGAGGUGGGCGUCCAGAGCUGCCACCGCCUUCCCUGCCCCCCACAGGGGCAGCCCUUUCCCCUCAGUCCCCAUGGGCCUCCUUGGCAGCAGGAGCUGUCCUUUUGUUGUUGGGUGCCAGGAAAGGGCCUCCAGCCUCUACAGCUUCAAGGAAGGGGCUAAGGGAGGGUAGGAAGAGGGAGCUGUGUAUCAAAAUGACUCCCCUCCCCCUACCUUUCCUCCCUGACCCAGGGCUGGUGAGGAGUGGGGCCCCAAGGUGAGAGGGAACGGUGCUGCUUUAUUUGAAAUGUUUUCUUACCUCAUUCCCUGCCCCAGGAAGGGGCCCAGCCUCACCCUCCUGGGGUGGCCCCAUGUUCCUCCCGCCUACCCUGCCCCGCUGCCCUAGCAGGGCAGUCCAAGUUCCCAACUGCUGCUUGCUACCCCCCUCCUUCACCUUGACCAGCUUCAGUUCCUCUCUCGAUGCUCCUGCCUCUGAAGCCUGCCCUGUUUCCCCUUCCUUAGCCGCUUUUAAGUUAUUUAUUCUGUACUUGUGGUUUGGGGCUCUGAGGAAAAUCCUGAUCUUUUACCUCUCCCCCUUUGCUAGGAGUUGGGGUGGGAAGAGGCUAGUCUCUGUGCUCUGGGUUGUCAGUAGAGGGGUGUCAUGCCUAGGCAUUGCCCCUCUGUGGGACUAUCAUGCCAGUGUGCCCACCUGCCUGGUCUACAUCCCGAAGAGAUGUACUGUCCCACCUCCACAUGGGCACCAUCGCUCCCAGGAGCUGAGCUGGAGGACUAGUCUGGGCUAGGAGCAGAGCUGACUGACACAGGGAUGGAGUUGACCCUGAGCCAUGUUCUCUGGCAUUUGCUGGAUGUGAACCCUGCCCUCUUCCCACGAGGAGCCAUCCCACAUUUGGGUAGCUAGUACCCAGGACUGGUUGGACUGAUUUGGGUUAGGGACCCUAGAGGGUUAAGGGAACAACGAGAGAUGGGGCUGCAGUACCCUGUCUGGAACCCCAAUCUCCCCCUGGGGUGGUUCGGAUUGUGGCUGAUGCCUGGUUACAAAUUGGUUUUUAACCCAAGAAUUGUGAUUAUUUUUUAAAAAGCCAAACAGAUUUUGGCAGGAGUUAGAAUAAAUCCUGGGGUCUGGGCUCCUCUGUUCUUGACCCUCCAAUGUCUUCUCCCUCUAAGGGGAAGCCAGAGGGAAAGGAGGAUUUCAGCCAGCCUCCAGCCUGCUUCCAAAUGAAGUUUUGGGAGUGGGUUGAAGGUGAAGGGAGGAAGGCCAUGGGCCAUUCUCCCUUCCGAGAGGCAGCUGCAGCUCAGGCCCUACCAUACCCUUUCCCCUCUGGCCUCUCCCUUUCCCCCCCUCUGGUUAGAGGAGGGAGAAGUGGGAAGUAGUUUGGGAACUGGUUUGUCCACAUCCACUUCCCCAUUGUUCCUUGGCCCGCCCUCAGGGCAGAGCCCCCUGCCCAAGCUGGGUAAGAGAUGGGCUUGGUCCAGCAGGGACCCUGAGGGAGCAAACCCCUUUCCUUCUGGGGAGAGUGUGCCCCCCCUACCAUGUAGUUGAACAGGGGCUAGGAGCUCUCCACUCCCCUCCCUCGAACAGCAGGCUGUGUGGGUUUCAAUUCCCAUCCUUCCCACCCCGGCUAGGUGUCGUCCACCCUGUAUCCUAUCAUAUGUCUGAGUGUGUGUGGGGGGGUUCUGUACUAAUUUCCAUGGCCGGUGGCUUUUCCUUCCAUGCAUCACUCCCCCCCGCAUGCCCAGGGGCCACCCGCCUGGCAUUACCGCAUGCUGGGGUCAUUGGGGGAGGGGGGAGGGGCUCACGCUGUCCUGUGGUCUUGAGAUUUUUAUUUUUGCAUAUGUAAUCCAUCCUGUACAGGUAGCUAACUUUGUAAACGCUGUGUAUUUCCCCUGCCCCCAUGGCUGCUGGUGUAAAUAAACUGCAUCUCCCGUUGGUA